AUGAGAUGUAAAAGUUUGCGACUUAUCGUAAUACUUUUCUUAUAUCUCGGGCUAGGUUUUUGGAUUCAACGUCUCUUUCACAUAAAAAGACUUAUAGAUCCUGAAGCCUUGCUAUUGAAAGCUUUGGAAAAGAAUUUUUCAGCGGAAUGGUCUACAAAGUACACGUCGGAGCUUCAUUUGCCUGGUACCAAUUUCAAUCUCGCUGAAUGGACGAAAUCGAAAUUUGAAGAAUAUGGGUUCAAAAGCACUAUAGAUACAUACGAGGUAUUUUUAAGCUAUCCAAAAAAUCAAUCUUUGACCUUGAUAGAUGGUGAAUCAACAGAGGUAUUAUUCAGAGCACUUUUGAAAGAAGAUGAAAUUGAAGAAGAUAAAACUUCGCUUGGAGGUACCAGUUCUUUUCUCUCGUAUGCCGCUAAUGGGAAUGUGACUGCAGAGUAUGUUUUUGCUAACUAUGGAACUAUUGAUGAUUUCAAUUGUUUAAAACUCCUCGGGGUUGAGAUUAAGGGAAAAAUUGCAGUCAUCAGAUAUGGCAAGAUUUUCAGAGGUUUGAAGGUUAAGUUUGCGCAAGAGAACGGAAUGAUUGGUGUUCUUUUGUAUACUGAUCCUAGCGAAGACUCGGGGAUGACACCAAAAUAUGGGUACAAGCAAUAUCCUGAUGGGCCAGCAAGACAGGAGAGCUCAAUCGAGAGAGGUAGUGUUCAAUUCUUUGGUGGAACUGAUUCUGCACCAGGUGACCCUACGACCCCAGGUGUUCCAUCAAAACCAGGUGUGGAACGCAAAACUCCAUAUAACUCUAUAGGAACUAUCCCUGUUCUCGCAAUCUCGUAUCGAGAAGUGACUCCUAUAUUGCUGCAACUAAAUGGCCAUGGAAUAAGAAUGAAUGAAUCAAAUUGGCGAGGAGAACUAGAUGAGUUUGAUUAUUGGACUGGGCCGAAUACAGACAGAAAGCUAAUUUUAUUUAAUGAUCAGCAUUACAACAUUACUCCUAUAUGGAAUGUUUAUGGAGAGCUCGAGGGUGAGGCUAAAGAUGAAGUCAUAAUAGUUGGAAAUCAUAGAGAUUCUUGGACGAAAGGAGGUGCUGGUGAUCCAAAUAGUGGUUCAGCUGCUCUUAUUGAGCUCGCGAGAGCAUUAGGGCUGUUAAAAGAUUCUGGUUUCAAGUUUCAGCGUUCAAUUAUAUUACAGAGCUUUGACGGUGAAGAAUAUGGACUUUUGGGAUCGACAGAACAAGGAGAAUAUUUUGCAGAAGAGCUACGGAAAAAGGCCGUCGCAUACCUAAAUAUGGACGCUGCAGCACUUGGAACACAUCUUAAAUUAGGUUCGUCACCUCUUUUGAACAAAGUUUUGUAUGAAAAUGCAAAGAAGCUCCCCUAUCCGAAAGAGGAUCUGAGCACAUUAUACGAUCAUUUUUUGAAAGAAGCAAAUGGUACAAUAAAGAUACUUGGUACGGGUUCUGACUAUACAGUUUAUUUGGAACAUCUUGGGAUUCCAUCGUCGGAUAUUGAAUUUGCACGAGGAAAUGGAGACCCCAUAUAUCCAUACCAUACAAAUUACGAUUCCUAUAACUGGAUGUCUAAAUAUGGUGAUCCUGAUUUCGUAUUUCAUAAUUUAGCAGCCAAAUAUUUGGGUUUAAUAACUUUAGAUUUGGCCACGAGCCCUAUCAUACCCUUUUCAUUAUCUGACUAUUCGUCCGAACUAAUUGGUUACUUCAACGAAGUGGUCUCUCUUGUUCCUCGUAAUUGGAUAGGACGGCAGGUAGAUAGUGCACUUUUUUGGAGUCAGAUAUAUCAAAAUCUAAACGAAGACUUAUUAACCAUCAGAGAAACAACUGGUAAAUAUUAUAAAACAGGGCCUACAAAAACUAUCUUUGAAUUGCUAGGGUUUUCAACAGAUAGUUAUUCAAACCAUAUAGAUUUUACAUCUACCAGCAAAGAUACAACCGUACAAGACCUAUUAAAGAUUACUGAAAAUGACUUGCGUAUUACUAAUACCUUAAGUGUGUGUUUUGAUAAGGAAGCUAGAAACCUAGAGAAAAAGACACAGACUUCAAGUAAUCUACAUUGGAGACAGAAGAUUAUGCUCAAAUAUAAUAUUAGGAAAUAUAACAAAUUUCUUCAAUAUUUCGAACGAAACUUCAUUUAUAGUAAGGGCUUACAUCGCAGAAGUUGGUACAAGCAUAUGGUAUUUGCUAGCGAUAGGAAAGCUGGUUAUGACGGAAUUGCAUUACCUGGGUUGAAAGAGGCAAUUGAAGAUGAAGACAUUGACAGAUUCAUUCAGUGGUUAGGUAUUUUGUCUAGUAGUUUGAGAAGUGUGAACAGAAGUCUUCCUUGUCGUGGGGAAGUGUCAAAUAAUACUAGUUCCUUUGGCUUAUCAUGA